AUGUUUUCAUUAUCUUUUAAUUUUAGAUCGGCUACCUCAUUGGGACGAAUUGGAACUAGUACAUCUGCAAAGAAUUUAAACACUAUCAAAUCAUUACGUGUACUUCGUGUUCUUCGACCUUUAAAAACAAUCAAUCGUGUGCCAAAAUUAAAAGCUGUAUUUGAUUGCGUGAUCAGUUCAUUGAAAAAUGUUUUCAAUAUAUUAAUUGUAUAUUGGCUUUUUCAAUUCAUAUUUGCUGUAAUUGCUGUACAAUUAUUUCAGGGAAAAUUUUUUUAUUGUAAUGAUGUCUCUAAAGUGACAAGAGAAGAUUGCCAGGGACAGUUUAUUGAUUUUAAUGAUCGUGGUGUUCCAUAUGUUCAGAAUCGCACUUGGAGAACACGUGAUUUUAAUUAUGACAAUGUUAUUCAUGCCAUACUGACACUGUUUACAGUGACAACUGGUGAAGGAUGGCCAGCGGUUCUGAGAAAUUCUAUAGAUUCUACAGUAGCCGAUCGUGGUCCAACUCCUGAUUUCCGUCAAGAAAUGGCUAUUUUCUAUGUGGUCUUCUUUAUUGUAUUUCCAUUCUUUUUUGUGAAUAUUUUCGUCGCUCUUAUUAUUAUCACAUUUCAAAAUCAAGGUGAAAAUGAAUUAAUUGAACUGGAUUUAGAUAAAAAUCAGAAACGCUGUAUUGAUUUUGCUAUCAAUGCAAGACCAUUAUGUCGAUAUAUGCCCAAAGAUAAACAUUCAAUGAAGUAUCGUGUUUGGCGACUUGUUGUUUCUACUCCAUUUGAAUAUUACAUAAUGGUUAUGAUUGCAAUUAAUACAUUAAUCUUAAUGAUGAAGUAUCAUCGGCAAGAACAGAAAUCAUAUUUUACAGCAUCUGUUGACACUGAACAACAAGCCUAUCACAAUUACUGUAAUACACUGUUAUAUUUCAAUUCAGCUUUCACUGUUAUGUUCUCAAUUGAAUGUAUGCUAAAGAUAAUGGCAUUUGGACCAAAGAACUAUUUUCGUGAUCGUUGGAACAUUUUCGACUUUAUCACUGUCAUAGGAAGUAUAACUGAUGUAUUAGUUUCUGAGCUUCAGGAGUCAGCAUUUUUAAGUUUAGGAUUUCUACGACUUUUUCGUGCAGCACGUUUAAUCAAAUUACUACGUCAAGGUUAUAGUAUACGGAUUAUCCUAUGGACAUUUAUUCAGUCAAUCAAAGCACUGCCAUAUGUCUGCCUACUGAUUACAAUGCUAUUCUUCAUUUAUUGUAUUAUUGGCAUGCAGGUUUUUGGGAAUAUCAAAACUGAUCCUCAUUCUCAGCUAAAUAAUCACAAUAAUUUCCAAACUUUUGGAGAUGGUAUACUGUUGUUAUUCAGAUGUGCAACUGGUGAAAAUUGGCAAGAAAUUAUGCUGGACUGUGCAGCCGGUAAAGAAUGUGAAGGAUCUGGAGAAUCAUGUGGAAGUUCCUAUACCUACUUAUACUUUGCAACAUUCAACUUUUUAUGCUCAUUUAUUAUGUUGAAUUUAUUCGUAGCUGUUAUUAUGGAUAAUUUUGAUUAUUUGACCAGAGAUUCUUCUAUACUUGGUCCACAUCAUCUUGAUGAAUUUGUGCGUGUUUGGGCUGAAUAUGAUCCUGGAGCAAAGGGUCUUAUUCAUCAUCGUGAUGUUUAUGAAAUGCUGAGGAACAUGGAACCACCAGUAGGAUUUGGCAAGAAUUGUCCUUAUCGUCUGGCCUAUCGGAAAUUGAUUCGAAUGAAUAUGCCAGUUGAUGAGAAUGGAUGUGUUCAUUUUACCACGACACUGUUGGCUUUAAUACGUGAAUCACUGGGUAUUAAAACUGGACCAACUGAAAUAAUGGAUCAGCGGGAUAUGGAAUUAAGAGAGACUAUUUGUAAAUUAUGGCCAGUUCAUGGAAAGAAAAUGCUUCAUCUCCUUGUACCUCCAGAUUCAGAGUUACUUUACCAUAAAAUGACAGUUGGAAAAAUUUAUGCAAGCUAUCUUAUAAUUGAAAAUUGGAGAGCUACACGUGCAUUUCAAGGAAAAGGAGGGACUUCAAAAUCAGCGAGUAUAUUGGCAAGAUUUUUUGGUGCAGUUAAACAAAAUGCUCAUCAUCCAAAUGUUGGUUCUGAAACAGAAGAAGAAAGAGGAAGUCCUGAUAUAAAUGAAUCUUCAGAAAAAACUGAAUCUAGUGGUCAACAUGUGAAGAAAAAUAAAAUUCUGUCUUUAGGUCGAAGUAUUCACAAUCACCAUCAUACACCAAGAGGUUCACAAUCCAACGAUCAGUUUGUACAUUUACCCAUUAUUAAAUCACGCAAAAAAUCUGGUAUUCUAAGCGAUGCGGAGAAAUCACCUCCUGAUGAGUUACACCGUACAAAAUACACUGAUAAAUCUGUGAAACAUUCAGCUCACUUUAUUCAAAAUGAACAGAAUCCAGCUUACGAAGGGAUCGCUGCAAGAUGGUUUGAUAGUCAACCGAAACGUCCUAAAGGGGAUUUCCCAGAUAGAACAGCUGGAAAUUUCGAAGAAACUGACAGAAGUUUUGGUAGUAGUGAAGAAUACUCAGAGACAGCGUACUGUCAACACCUACCGUUGACGGAUUCACCAGGUGAAUAUUUUGAAGGUUAG